UAUUCAUUACACGCCACGCGAGAGAGUCUCAAUUUGUCCAGAGUAUAUAUAAGUGUCUGAUGAGCAUUUGAUUCUUCAGUUUUCAUCUAGAUUCAGUGAAGUUUUUACAAAAUUCCUUCUUGCUUAUCGUAUUAUCAAUAUCGUAAAGGAAUAAACAAGUGUCGUGAGCAUAUAUAGUGAUUUUUGAAUAUCAAAUAGCAAAGUACCGCGAUGAUGGAUUCUGUUUUUUUAACACGUUCGCUCGGUACACCAGCGGAGGGUGUAAGAGAUCAAUAUGCCGAUGGAAAAGCUGCUAAAGUAUGGGAGGUUUUCAUCGGCGAUAAAAAUCAAAGGACACAAAAUUAUCGUGACUUUUUGGUGGGUCUCCUUAAGAAAAAAGGUUGCCAUAGAAUUUUAGAUGUUGCCUGUGGUACAGGCGUGGAUUCGGUGAUGCUCCUUGAAGAAGGCUUCGAGGUCGUCAGCGUUGAUGCUUCCGAUAAAAUGCUCAAAUAUGCUCUCAAGUCCAGAUGGGAGAGAAGAAAGGAACCAGCUUUUGAUAAUUGGGUCAUCGAAGAAGCAAAUUGGUUGACAUUAUCGAAGGAUAUCAGUCAUCUGAUCGGUGAUGGUUUUGAUGCUGUUAUUUGCCUUGGAAAUAGUUUUGCACAUAUGCCUGACUCCUUUGGCGAUCAGAGAGAGCAAAAACAAGCCUUCGCUAACUUUGAACGUUGUGUCAAACCAGGCGGAUUGUUUUUGAUCGAUCACAGAAAUUACGAUUAUAUUAUACAAACAGGAAACACACCGCCAAAAUGUAUAUACUAUAACAGUCGACAUAUGACUAAUAUAAAAACGUCAGUCCUAUUCAUAUCAGGCAAACCAGCAAUCGUGACUUUGGAUUAUAUGAUCACUAUCGAUGAAAAAACAAACAAAAACAAAUCGGAAAACGUUAAUGAAUUUAGGUUAUCAUAUUAUCCUCACAGAUUGAACGUUUUUAGCGAUAUGCUUGCAGAAGCAUUUAGAUUUAAAGCAAAACAUACGAUAUACGCUGAUUUUAAGCCAAUGGAUAUGGUAAAGAAUCCUGGAUUUUAUAUUCACGUGCUGGAAAAGUAUUAGUUAAUUAAUUGAUCUCUUUAAGAGAUUCACAAAAGGAAAGGAAUUUCACGUCGAUGUGUAUUUUUCUAAUACUUUUUCGACGAUUCGCAGCAUACGCCGUAUUGCGAGAGAUGGAAUUUUUAUUAUAGGAGUUUACAACGAUCUCUUUUAAGAUACAUACGUAAUAAAAGAUUAACGUAUGCGAGUUAUUCUCUUUUUUCUUUUUUUCUUUUAACCGAUUAAGAAAUAAAAAGAAAAUUGUAACUCGAAGAGUUCAAGGGGAAAAAAAAAAAAAAAAAAAAAAAAAAAAAAAAAAAAAAAAAAAGAAAAAUAGUCUAGAACAAUAUCGCCCAUAAAAUUAUGUUACAUUACUACACACUAAAGAAAAACUUCAUAUGAUCGUCGAGAUGUUAUUACUCAUUAUCAUUGUGAUGAUAAUAUAACAUAUACUUACUAUAUAUUUACGGAGAUUCGUGGUGGGUGUUCGACGAAUAAAAUACUUGUUAUCAAUUUUGAUCUUUUUUUAUUAUAAGUUCGAAAGCAGUAUCUCAUUGAGUAUUCUAGCCAGGCUUUGUUCGAUGCUACAAUUUGAUUUUUCAACGGUGUUUCGAGCGGUCAUUGACGAGGAUUGUUUUCAAGGACGAGCUCGCUCUGUAUAUCUUCAGCACCUUCAGUCUUACGGCGAAUUGCUCAUCCUGAAAGAGACUUUUCUCAUAACACUUUUCUUUUCUUUUCUUUUAUGUUUUCAUUUUCUCCUUUUACUUUCUCAUUUUCAUCAUCCAGGGAUGAUUACUCGGCGUUUCGUUUCAAUCGAAACGUCAGUUUUUUUUUCACUACUUUGUAAGAAUAAAAGAAGAUUAAAAAAAAAAAAAAAAAAAAAA